AUGGCAAUCCACUACUUGAUUCUCCUGUCGAGGCAGGGCAAAGUGCGCCUUGCCAAAUGGUUCACCACUCUCUCUCCCAAGGAGAAGGCCAAGAUCAUCAAGGAUGUGACCCAGCUGGUUCUGUCGCGUCGCACCCGCAUGUGCAAUUUCCUCGAAUACAAAGACACCAAGGUCGUUUACCGUCGCUAUGCCUCCCUCUUCUUCAUCGCCGGUUGUGCAUCCACCGAUAACGAAUUGAUCACCCUCGAGGUCGUGCAUCGUUACGUCGAGCAGAUGGACAAGUACUACGGCAAUGUGUGCGAGCUGGAUAUCAUCUUCAACUUCCAAAAGGCAUACUUCAUCCUUGAUGAGCUGUUGCUGGCGGGAGAAAUGCAGGAGAGCAGCAAGAAAAAUGUGUUGAGGUGCAUCAGCCAGCAGGACAGUCUGGAAGACAUGGAGGAUUCCAAGGAAGUCGUCAAUCAUUUAGCCAAGGAAGGGCUCCUGUGA